CUUUGCCGUAAAGCAGUGACGUUCCGUGUUGACGGCUGCCGGAGAAGAAGCAGGAACUCCAUCUGGUCCGAUCUUGCACUGACUGAAAGCAGACGAAGGAGUAAUGAACAGAAACAAGAAACCACCUCCGCCACCUCGGGGAGGAAAAGGCACUGCCGCACCUAGACAGCUGGGUUUGCUGAUGGAUUUGUCUCCAGAAGGCAUGAUGGCCAGUGAUGGGGAAGAUGAUCAUGAACUAGAAGCUGAAUUGCUCGCCAUUGUUGGAGACCAGUCUGGUGCAAAACGGAAACCAAAUGGAAAAACUCCUUUGCCAAUGGAAGCUAUUGAAAGGAUGGCUGCUUUCUGUAUGAAGGAUCUUGAUGAAGAGGAUGGGGAAGAUGAGGACGAUUUGGAAGAUGAUGAUGAAUUGCUGGCAGAACUCAGCGAAGUACUUGAAGAGGAGGAGGAUGAAGGAAAGGAGACCAAAGAUACGCCAGUACCUGUUGUUUCUAAGGCCAGUGAUGCAUCAGCUGAUUCCAGCAGGACAGAAUCCAUUUUGGAAGAAAGACUCACCAUGUACAAGACUGCAAUCGCUACUGCAAAGCAAGCUGGAGAAAGCUCUAAAGUGCGCCGGUAUGAAAGAGGCCUCAAGACGCUGGAAAACCUGUUGACCUCUGUGAGAAAAGGCAAAACGAUUGAUGAAGAUGAAAUCCCCCCACCGGUGGCCACAGGAAAGACCACACCUUCCCAACAGGCCUCUUCUCUGGAGAAAUCUUCCACCUCGGAGCCCUCCACACCAGAUCGAAGCAUAAUUCUGUCCAACCACCUUCCUCCAGAAUCAACAUCUGCAUCCCCUCAGCAAACACCCCCUAAAUCACCACCAGCAUCUGAUCAGACUACCAAGUUGCCACCCCCAGUGCUUCCUAAACCAAAGAUUUCUCCACCCUCCAGUGUGCCCCUAAGCCCUCCAGAGAAACCGCAGGAAAAACCUGCCUCUUUGGCACCUUCCCCUUCAGCUCCCCAAAACUCGAAUACUCAGGACAUCCUGCAAGCCAGACAGCGGGCUUAUAAACUGGCAGCACUUCGGGCUAAGCAGGAAGGCAACAUUGAAAUGGCUACCAAGUAUUAUCGCAUAGCCAAGACCUUUGAUCCAUUAUUGGUUUCUGUGAGUAAAGGAGAGACUGUUAAUCUCAACAGCCUGCCACCGCCUCCAGAACAGCUGACCAAGGAGAUGUUAUCCCCAAGUGUGCAACAGCCUCCCAUAUCAACAACAAUGCCUCUUGCACAGGCUGUGAGUCCUCCAGCAUCUGGAGCCUCAAGUCCAGGAGACGUGCCCCCACCUCCUCGAGAUAUGAUGGAGGCCUUGCAGCAAAGAAUGGAGAGGUAUAAGACAGCAGCAGCACAAGCAAAGAGUAAAGGGGAUGACAGGAAAGCCAGGAUGCAUGAGCGGAUUGUGAAGCAAUAUCAAGAUGCCAUCAGAGCUCACAAAGCAGGGAAACCUGUGGAGUUUGCUGAGCUGCCUGUUCCCCCUGGUUUCCCUCCCAUCCAAGGAAUAGAAUCUUCCCUUGGAGAUCAAAGUUUUGCUGGAAUCCUUGAGACAGCCAUGAAACUAGCGAAUGAGGAGGAUGAAGAUGCUGAAGAGGCAAAAAAGCCUGAUCUUAGCCCGGCAUCAUCCAAACCAGGCAACUCACUGCAACCAGGCACACGCGUCACUGCCCCUGCUGCUCCAAAGUCAACUGGAACGACUAAGAGUGCCUCAAAAGUCACUGCAAGAGCUCAGCAGCAGCUGACCUUCCUGGAAACCCGGAAGAAGCAACUGAUGCAGGCCGCCCUCCGAGCAAAGCAGCAAAAUGACAUUGAGGGUGCCAAGAUGUUCUUGCGCCAGGCGAAGGGUCUGGACCCCAUGAUUGAGGCCUCCCAAAAUGGGCUCCCAGUUGACAUAACAAAGGUACCUCAGGCCCCUGUGAACAAGGAGGACUUCACACUUGGGCAGCGACGUGGAAACAACAUCUCUCCAGAAACGGCGGCCCAGUAUGCAGAGCUUGUGAAACUGAUGAGGCAGCAGCAUGAGAUGUGCAUGAAUUUCUCUAAGCAGUUCACCCAUUUAGGGAACAUAACAGAAACAACGAAGUUUGAGAAGAUGGCAGAAGACUGCAAGAAGAACAUGGAGAUCCUCAAACAAGCCCACACCAAAGGAUUCCCUCUGCCCAAAUAUCAUUAUGAGCAGCGAACAUUCAGUGUGGUCAAGAUCUUCCCAGAAUUAAACAGCAAUGAUAUGAUUCUUUACAUAGUGAAAGGGAUCAAUCUGCCUGCUCCUCCAGGCAUGUCUCCUAAUGACCUGGAUGCCUUUGUACGCUUUGAUUUCCCCUACCCAAAUGUGGAGGAAGCUCAAAAAGACAAGACCAAUGUGAUAAAAAAUACCAAUGCUCCUGAAUUCCAGGAGAAGUUCAAGCUGUUAAUUAAUCGUGGACACCGUGGGCUCAAGCGAACCAUUCAGACCAAAGGCAUCAAGUUUGAAGUUGUACAUAAAGGAGGGCUUUUCAAAACUGACCGGGUCGUAGGAACAGCACAAUUGAAGCUGGAGGCCUUGGAGACAUCUUGUGAAGUUCGGGAGAUACUGGAACUUUUGGAUGGUCGCCGGCCUACAGGAGGCAAGUUGGAAGUUAUUGUCCGCCUUCGAGAACCAUUGACUUCCCAACAACUGGAGACAACAACAGAGAAGUGGCUGGUCAUUGAUCCCCUCACUAUGCCUCCAGUUGCACUUCCCAAAGCCAAGGCACCCCAACCACCUGGGAAGGACAUGAGCAGUAGCAAGACUGUCUGCACUCUCCACAGCUUCAAUGUGUUAGCAUUCGAUAAGGAGCGGCUGGAGAAAAAGAUAAUGGUGUACAAACAAGCUGGCCAACGACCUCCAGGUGACCUGAUAGAGCAACACCAGAAUGUCAUACAGAUGAUCCAGUGGCAAAAGUCCCAGCUUCAGCAGGGAGGCCCUGCAGUUAUGAAAGAGUACCUGACUCAGCUGGAGCGGUACCGGCAGUGGUACACAGAGGCAGCAAAGCGGCUGGGCAGUGAAGGCAAGCGGGAGGCAGCUAAAGAUGCCCUCUACAAGCGCAAUCUGGUUGAAUGUGAGCUGCAGAAAUUCCACAAGUGAAGAAGAGGAAGCUCUCUCCAUCUCCCUGCCAAACAACUGCACUCUUUAUGCACAGUCUUCUUCACAUACAGUCUUAUUGUGGGUGAAGCCAGGGAGGGUGGGAUGUGCACUGAUGCCGUAGUCAUGCUGCAGGGAGACUUUGACUCACUGUGCUUUGGCAGGAGCUUCCUCUAAGAAACUCCUUUGGUCUCCCAUCAGUAUGGCAAGGCUGCAAGGCCGCCAGGUGAAAUGAGACAAUCUGCAUUACAAUUGCUGGGUCCAAUUGCAGAAGGAAAAGAAUUACCCUCUCCCCUUUUCCAGCUGUAGUGACUGGGUGCAGCCUCACCCUGAAACCCUUUUGAACCUGUUUAUAGAUCCAGUGGCUAAAGUAUUGCAAGGGUGCCAAAGAUACUUAGCCUUUGCUGACACAGUAGUUCACUGAACAUUUUGAUCUAGAGCUUUGUUUGUUCCACAGAUUUUAAUCUCUUUUAACCAGAGAGUAUGCCUAGCAUCUUGCCUCUUUAAUACCAUAGGAUGGAAGGACCCCAUAGCACCUGAUGGAGACUGGGUUUGCUUGUCUUUAGGAAUUCUGCACCUUUAAAAACACUAACAUGUUUCCUCAUAAGGUUUACAUUUGGGUCACACUUCCCUUUAUAGCUACACUCCUUUGUAUCCUCAUCCUCUUCCUUUGCACUGGGCACUUUGCACACAUCUCCUCCACUCUCUUGUUUUCACUCCAUUCUCUUUUUUCCUUCUAGUGCUCACUGCUUAAAACUGUCCUGAUUACUCCUGUGUAUGGUCAAAGAGACUAUUUGGGUUUGAUGUUUGAAGUUCUGCUUCUCACUCACUCUGGCUUAUGAACUGGCAUCAGAUGCAUCUUGAUGAAAGGUCUGAAUAGAUGCCACGUUCUCGUGGCAUCUGACCCUUCUGCCAUCUGUAUGUCUCAUUUUAGUGAUAGGUUCUGAGCUUUUAGAGACUCAGGCUUUUUCUAGGGUCUUGUGCACUGAGGUGCUGCCUCCCUCAUUCUUUCAUUAUUUAUUUCCCCCCUUCCUUUCUGCCUCUGGGGCAGCCAACAGAAGAUAUAUAGAACAGAGACUUUUCUUUACUGGAGAAGAGCCUAGAAGACUGCUGAGAGUUAUUUUCCUUCUCCGUGAACGAUGCUGAAAUUAAUCUGAACAUGAGUUCAACUGGAGGGGGGAGGGUGCCCACAAAAGACUUGUGGGAUGCAGUCACUCAGCUGUAACUUCAUGCAAUUUAAAUGGGUACUUCUCUUCCAUGUGGAAAACCACCCAAGAAUUACCAGUCUCUUGAUGAUAUCCUAUCUCUUGUCCCCACAAAGUUUGAAGAUGAUAGAGACAUGCUGCCGAAGGCUAGGGUUGGGUAACCACAGUGAGUUCCCAUUAUCCUUAAGUAUCCAAUAAGAAAUGCUCCAGCACUCCUUCCACAAUAAAACUUGAUACUGUGCAAGAAACUACCACCAUUUUCUGAUUUUGAAGUGAGGUUGGCAGGGUGGACCUUGUUCUAAAGUGACCACAUCUCCCUUGGCACUGAAUGCACGGCAUGUAGCACAGGUGCUAUGGCUUGUGGGCAUGUAUUCAUGUAGCAUUAUGAGAACUAGCACUCCAUUUGGCAGCUGGAAACGUAACCUUUGGUGGAAGUGUUCUGCUUUGUGUACAGUUAGAAAAUGUUUUAAGUGUAAGAAGUUAACUCAGGUUUGCUGCUGCUCAGGAUGGGUUAGGUGAUGAACUGUGGGCUAGAUCCUGGACUGUCUUCCCUUUUCCCCCCCACGUCUGUUCCUUUUAAAACCAAAAUUAACUCCUCCCCUUUUCAAGAUAGCAAGAUAAUUAUAAGGGAUCAAGUGUCCUAAACAGUCUUUCUUUCCUGACUCCAUUUUCACAGUCCUCUCUCGGGUAGUAGGGAAAUCACAUCUUUUAUACAAGUGCCUGCCUCUUGAGGUUGUUGUUCAGCCAGAGGUCUUGAAAACCAAUGUUAGAAGCAGAGGCCGUGAAUCUAAUGUGUUGCGGCUUUAUUUUAUGCUUAAAAUGACAAAAAUAUAUAUAUAAAAAAUUAAGGGUGGACAUUUUAAAAGAAAUCUCUGUAAGACUCAUACUGGAAUCUUGCACCAAUAAUAAAAACAUUGUUAAAAUCUC